AGUCACCUGACAAGCACCAGGAUGUAAGGAGUUUGACUUCAGUCUGCUUUUCUCUCUGAGGUGAUGUGACUGUCUGAGCCAUGAAACAGUUUUUAAUUCUCCACGAUGCCUCUCCUGAAGGAUGGACUCUCCUUUAAACCUCUGCUCAGCUCCUUCACUGAUGUGGUUUUUUAUCACUCUGUUGUCGUCCUCCUUCUAACACAGUGCUGUGCAGGUCAGUCCCAGGUGGUUGGUCCGUCUCAGCCAAUAGUGGCCUCAAUUGGUGAUGACAUCAUUUUGCCAUGUCGCCUUGACCCUGCUGCUGAUGCUUCAGACAUGACUGUGGAGUGGUCGAGACCUGACCUGAACCCCAGAUUUGUUCAUGUGUGGCGUUAUGGCGUGGAACUGGAGAGUAAAAAACAUCCGUCCUAUAAAGGAAGGACAUCAUUGUCCAUUAACAACCUGAGACAUGGAGACAUUUCACUGAAACUGUCUAAAGUGAAAGUCUCUGAUGAUGGAAAAUACAGAUGCUUUAUUCCUACGCUGGGUAGAGAAUCUACUGUUGAGCUUGUUGUUGGUGUCCACUCAUUCAUAGUGGUCAGCUUAGUAAGGACAGAGAAAGAUGAAGUCGGUAGUGGACUGGUUCUGCAGUGUGAGUCUAAAGGCUGGCAUCCAGAGCCUGAGGUGGUCUGGCUGGACGGUGAGGGAAACCUCCUCUCUGCUGGACCUACAGAGACAGUCAGAGGUCCUGAUGACCUCUAUACUGUCAGCAGCAGAGUGACUGUGGAGAAGAGACACAGCAACAACUUCACCUGUAGAGUCCAACAGAAGGACAUCAACCAGACCAGAGAGACACACAUCUAUGUUCCAGAUGACUUCUUCGGUGCUCCAUGUAGUUGUGCUGCUCACAUCACCAUCACCUUGGCUGUAGCUCUCUUGGUUAUUCUUGCCAUUGUCUUGAUUGUGUGGAAAUGGAGACAAAACAAAAUCAAAAUUCAAACAAGAGACAAGGAAUAUGUUAUUACAACAUUGGUCGACCAUAAGAUAGAACUGGGUAACUUCAGAGACAAACUAAAAUCACUGCUGGUUGAACUGGACAGAGAAAGGAGUGAAAACAAGUGGAAGCUUGACUCUGUGGAGACAAGACAGGUGCUUUCCAAAUAUGAAGUAAAGCAUAUCCUACUGGUGGCCGAGAAACAACUGGAGAAGAUAAAACCAGCACUCGAGGAAUGUCUAAACAAGGCAGAAGAACAACUAAAGACAUUAGAGGGAAUGACAGCGGGAAAUACACAACUGAAGGAGACAGAGAGACAGAGAGACAAGAGUCAAAGAAACUCAGAAGGUCAGAGCAGUCAGAGAGAGGAGGGGGGUGAAAAUACUGAGUUAGCAAUGUUAACAGAGAAUCAUUACACUGGCUCUUAAUUCAAAGUUCAUACUGAAUGAACAAUAAUGAUUCAGUACAAUGAAAAGAACUGAUGUGUGCAUUACUACCACAGAUCAAUUCAUUUCCCUUAAUUUCUUGAACCAAUUUCCAUUCAUGCUGUUCACUACCCCC